AUGCCUCGCAAAUCCGCUCCCGCCUACGUCCUAGGCGUGGGAAUGACAAAGUUCAUCAAGCCAAGAGGCAAGGUCGACUACCAUGAACUCGGAUUCGAAGCCGGCGUAAAAGCACUGUUGGACGCACAGAUCAACUACGACGACGUCGACCAGGGAGUAGCAUGCUAUUGCUACGGAGAUUCAACCUGUGGACAGCGCGUCUUCUACCAGUUCGGCAUGACGCAGAUUCCCAUUUACAACGUCAACAACAACUGCGCGACAGGGAGCACCGGUCUCAACAUGGCCCGGCAGGCCAUCGCAUACGGAGCCGCCGACUGUGUCCUCGUCGUGGGAUUCGAGAAGAUGUCGCCCGGCAGCCUCCAAACCUAUUUCAACGACCGCGAGAACCCCACGGGCACCACGAACGCCAUGUUGAAAGCAACCAGAGGCGUCACAAACGCCCCCGGCGCCGCACAGCUUUUCGGCAAUGCCGGACGCGAAUAUAUGGAGAAGUACGGCGCAAAGGCAGAAGACUUUGCGGAAAUUGCUCGUGUCAACCAUGAGCAUAGCAAGAGGAACCCAUACUCCCAGUUCCAGGACGAAUACACACUAGACCAGAUUUUGAAGGCGCCCAUGAUCCACGCCCCCCUGACAAAACUCCAGUGUUGCCCAACCUCGGACGGCUCUGCCGCCGCUGUGAUUGUCUCUCAAGAGUUCCUCGACAAGCGCCCGCACCUCAAGUCUCAGGCGGUCCUGAUCGCCGGCCAGUCAAUGGCCACCGACUCUCCCCAUCUCUUUAGUCGUUCGGCAAUAGACCUGGUUGGCUAUGAAAUGACUGCGUUGGCCGGCAAGGAAGCCCUGAAGCAAGCCGGCAUCACUCCAGACGAUGUCAGCGUUGUCGAGGUCCACGACUGUUUCAGCGCCAACGAAAUGUGCGUCAUUGAUGGCCUUGGUCUGUGCCCCAAGGGUAAGGCGCACGAGCUCGUCCGACAAGGCGGUAUCACAUAUGGUGGUAAAUAUGUCAUCAAUCCCUCUGGGGGCUUGAUUUCCAAAGGUCAUCCUCUAGGUGCGACUGGACUCGCCCAGUGUGCCGAACUCGUUUGGCACCUGCGAGGCUGGGCCAACAACCGUCUCGUCAAGGAUACCAAGUACUGUCUCCAGCAGAACUUGGGUCUCGGAGGUGCUGUCGUCGUCACCGUGUACAAGCGCGCCGACGGACAGGCUGCGACUCCCGUGUCGGACGCCGAAGUUGGAAAGAUCAACCACCUAGGAUAUAACCCUGCGACCCAGGCCAAGGGUUUUACCGUCGAACAGGCCAAGCAGGUCUUGAGCAAGAAGUCAUACUCCGAUUGGGCCGUUCAAGACGUCCAGAGCAAGGUCCAGGCCAGGUUCUAG